CACCGAACUCAGGUUGCAACAAUGUUUGUAAACGUGAUAUAAUACGGAAGAGUCUCAUUUUUAUAUAUUUUGGCUUGAUUAUAAUUACAAAUAUUUACAAUUUAGAUUUUAGUGACAUAACGUCCAUUCCGGGUGACGGUAAUAAUAAUCUACAGUAUCCUACAUACCCGAACUAAUGGCCCAGCUAACAAGGGACGUUGCAGAUAUAGAGAACUUGCUUGCUCUGAACCCCAGGGUGAGUAAGCAUGCCAGCCUCAAGUCCUCCUCAGCCACAAAGAAAACCAAGCAGCACUGGAAGAGGAACCAAGAGAAGGGCUGCUCGACAUGUUCAACACUGGAAAAUAACUUUGAUGACAUCAAGCACACAACUUUGAGUGAAAGGGGUGCUUUGAGAGAAGCAGCCAGAUGUCUAAAGUGCGCAGAUGCCCCUUGCCAGAAAAGCUGCCCAACACAACUGGACAUCAAGUACUUCAUCACCAGUAUUGCCAACAAAAACUACUAUGGAGCUGCUAAGGCUAUCCUGUCAGACAACCCACUGGGUUUAAGUUGUGGCAUGGUGUGUCCAACCAGUGACUUGUGUGUGGGUGGAUGCAACCUGUACGCUUCUGAAGAGGGACCCAUCAAUAUUGGGGGCUUGCAGCAGUUUGCUGUGGAGGUGUUCAAGGACAUGAAGAUUCCCCAGAUCAGAGACCCCAGCCUCCCAGCCUUGGAACAGUUACCAAGCAGUUAUCAUGAGAAGAUUGCUCUGAUUGGAUGUGGCCCUGCAAGUAUCAGCUGUGCUACUUUCUUAGCCAGGAUGGGAUACUCUGCUAUUACCAUCUUUGAGAAACAGAAAUAUAUCGGUGGAUUAAGCUCCUCUGAGAUUCCUCAGUAUCGCCUGCCUUAUGAAGUGAUUGAUUUUGAAAUUCAACUCAUGAGGGACCUAGGUGUUAAGAUUGUGUGUGACACCCCGUUGAGUGCUUCCAAUGGAUUCACAAUCCAAUCCUUGAAGGAAGAUGGAUACAAAGUCAUUUUCUUGGGAAUGGGUUUACCAAACCCAAAGAAAAUUCCAAUAUUUGAUGGUUUAACAGAGGACAUGGGAUUCUACACAUCAAAAAGUUUUCUCCCAAAAGUAGCUGCUGCCAGCAAACCUGGAAUGUGUGCCUGUAAAUCCCAGCUUCCAAGUGUCCAUGGCAAUGUCAUAGUCCUCGGAGCUGGUGACACAGCAUUUGACUGUGCCACCUCUGCCCUGCGAUGUGGAGCAAGAAAAGUGUUUGUUAUCUUCCGCAAGGGCUUCACCAACAUCAGAGCUGUACCUGAAGAGAUGGACUUGGCCAAGGAAGAGAAGUGUGAGUUCCUCCCGUUCCAUGCCCCUGCUGAAGUGACAGUGAAGAAUGGUAGAAUCACAGGAAUGCAGUUCUACCGAACAGAACAGGAUGAAGAUGGGAACUGGGUGGAGGACAAGGAACAGACAGUGAGACUGAAGACAGACUUUGUCAUCUCUGCAUUUGGGUCAGGACUCACUGAAGAUGAUGUGAUCAAAGCCAUGUCACCCAUUAAGUUCAACCGCUGGGGUCUCCCUGAAGUGGAUCCAGAAAGCAUGGCAUGCUCUGAGCCAGGAGUUUACUGUGGUGGAGAUUUAGCAGGAGUGGCUCAGACUACUGUGGAGUCUACAAAUGAUGGGAAGCAAGCGUCAUGGCACAUACAUAAGUACCUGCAGUCCCUGGCAGGUGUGUUGAUCCCAGCUGAACCUGCACUCCCCAAGUUCUACACUUCCAUUGACUUGGUGGAUGUCAGCGUGGAAAUGUGUGGGCUGAAAUUUGUUAACCCAUUUGGCCUGGCAAGUGCUCCUCCAACCACCAGUGCUCCCAUGAUACGCAGGGCAUUUGAACAAGGAUGGGGAUUUGCUUUAACAAAGACAUAUGCACUGGACAAGGACAUUGUGACCAAUGUGUCUCCCAGAAUUGUUCGUGGCACCACCUCUGGCCAUAUAUAUGGUCCAGGACAGGGAGCCUUCCUGAAUAUCGAGUUGAUUAGUGAGAAGACUGCUGCAUACUGGUGCCAGACUGUCACUGAACUCAAGAAAGACUUUCCUGAUAGGAUUAUCAUUGCAAGUAUUAUGUGCAGCUACAAUAAGGAAGACUGGUGCAAGCUAGCUAAGAUGUCUGAGGAAGCAGGUGCUGAUGCAUUGGAGCUGAAUUUGUCUUGUCCUCAUGGCAUGGGAGAGCGUGGCAUGGGCCUGGCAUGUGGACAGGAUCCAGAACUCGUUCGUAACAUCUGUCGCUGGGUUCACGGUGUUGUGAAGAUACCUUUCUUUGCAAAGAUGACACCGAAUAUCACAAAUAUUGUGGACAUAGCAAGAGCUGCUAAAGAAGGUAAUGCUGAUGGAGUCACUGCCACUAACACUGUAUCUGGUCUGAUGGGGAUAAAGAUGGAUGCUGGUGGAUGGCCACGUGUUGGAAAGGAAAAGAGAACCACUUACGGAGGUGUAUCAGGCAAUGCCAUUCGCCCCAUUGCUUUGCGUGCUGUGUCCGCUAUUGCCAAUGCAUUGCCAGGCUUUCCUAUUCUUGCCACUGGAGGGAUUGAUUCAGCAGAUGCAGGGAUGCAGUUCUUGUAUGCAGGGGCAUCAGUACUGCAGGUUUGCAGUGCUGUCCAGAACCAGGACUUCACAUUGAUUGACGAUUAUGUUACUGGAUUGAAAGCCCUGUUGUAUCUACAGAGCUUGGAUCUGAAGGACUGGGAAGGUCAAAGUCCACCAACCCCUGUCCACCAGCUGGGAAAACCUGUGUUGAAGGUGGCAGACAUCAUUGGGAAGACUUUGCCUAACUUUGGUCCUUACAAGAAGCAGAAGAUGUCAGUUUUUGCUGAGGAGAAGAGGAAAAUUGAUCUUUUGGAUGAGGAGUUUUUGCCACCACCUAUCAGACCAGCAAACAGCCCAAAGGGAGCAGUUCCCACUGUUCAAGACAUGAUAGGCAAAGCUCUUCCCAUGAUUGGUGCUUACAGUGAUCUGGACAACAAGCAGCAGUCUGUGGCCAGUAUAAUACAGGAGAUGUGUAUCAACUGUGGCAAGUGUUAUAUGACUUGUAAUGACUCUGGUUACCAGGCCAUUACCUUUGAUCCAGAGACUCAUCUGCCUAAAGUAACAGAUGACUGCACUGGCUGCACCCUUUGUGUAUCAGUGUGUCCCAUCAUUGAUUGCAUCAAGAUGGUUCCUCGUGUCACCCCCUACAUCCCAAAGAGAGGGAUUCCGCUGAAUGCUGGAGGGAGUGGGGAGACCAACACCCCACCCAUUACUGUGCACUAAAUGGGAGAUAACUCUGGCUUAAGGUUACAUUAUCACUGCUAAGACUGCACCAUUUAUAUUAUGGCUAUGCAAAGUUUAAAGACAGUAAAUGUAUGAAAAAAAGUUGAAGAAUUGUCUGUCACCAUAUGCUCUUAGGUCUACCUCGUCCUAUAGUCAGUACUAUCACUUGCUGUUUGUUGAAGAACAUAUUUUGGAAUAGGGAAGUUUGCAUUAGGGGACCAGUCUUCUAUAACAUGCACAUGACACACAAAGAUCAUUGAAGAAUAUUCUUAUGUAUAUUAUGCCAAUUUAUAUGGAAUUGAUAUAUUUCUUUUCAUAGUUUAGUGAGUUUUUUUUUUCUUAGAUUGCAAGUUUAUUGAAUGCUCAGGCAAGGCUUGUAGGACACUGAGACACUGGGUUCUAAAAAGAAGUGCCAUAUGAUUAAUUUUAAUGCUUAACAGGUGCUAAAAUGGGAUAAGUUUAUUAAACGCCAAAGUAUAUAGUGGUGCAGCACUACUGAAUACAUUUGUAUUUUAGAGUAUUUAUUGGAUUUAUUCAUAUACAGAACUUUUAUUUUACAUAUGAUCAAUAAGUACUUAUAGGCUGAUCUAGAAUAUAUUUUAAUUUUUGCAUUAUUGUUAUUAUGAUAAUCAUAUAUACAUUUGGUAUUAAUCAUUAUAUGUAUUUGUUCUGAAAUGAUUACUUCACAUAUCAAACACUGGUUUUCCUAAAUUCUAUAAAAAUUUUGCACAUGUAUGCACUUGAUAUCCAGACAUUUUAUUUUUUACAAUUAAUCAAAUUAUGAUGCUUAUUAUUAUGAAAAUUACUGUUUAGUUAUAGUAUGAUUUUAUUUUAGAAGGAAAGGGGGCUAAGGUCAAAUAUGGAUAAAGUAAAAACCCACCCUAUCCCCACCUUUCCACAUAGUUGUUUUAAUAUUGGAUAGCAGCAAGCCUUGUGUGACCGAUUUUUACAAUAAUCACUGCCUCGCCUCAGGACUGUAGAGAAUCAAAAUAGAGUGAUAAUGUAUGUGAUUGCAGAUUCAUUACCAUUAGGUCAUAUAUUUCUUACAUAUCACAGCAAUAAAAUGUAGACACAUAAUAAAACUGAAAUAAAAAAAGGCGAUCUGUUCCUUAUGUAACUGUGUUUUUAUGUAUAUGGUAUUGGAGUUUGCCAUCAACAAGGAAAUGAGAGACUGUAAUUCUUCUGUAUUUAAUACAGUUCAUUUUAUUUUUUAUGGCAUCCAUGCUGCACAUUUCGAUUGCAUUGAGGAUAAUUUGUGUUUGUGAUAAUUUUUUGAUUAGAAAUAUAUAUC